UACCGUCCGUCGAUCCUCGCCCGCUUCAGUACAAGCGACCACGUGACAACAGUUGCUGCCUUCGGCGCGAUUUUUUCAUUUCGAAAAACCUCUGUAAAACAUAACACAGCGAAGAUGGAGGAAUCAUUGGACGGUCGUGAAGCGGGUGCGGGUACUUCGGGCUUUGAUUCAGCGGCCAUUUUGAAUGAUGAUGUCUCACCCACCACAAGUUUCUGCUAUAACAUUCCGAACCUUUUCAAUGGGCUUGGUCCAGGCUCAGUUCUAUGUGAGCGACCAGAUACAGAAGUUGGAGAGACGUACACCUCUACGGAGGCUGCGGAGGACGCCGGUGAAAAUCAGCAAUACGAAGAAGAUGAAGAAUACUCUCCUAAUUCAAAUUCCAAAAGCGAUAUUCCGAAACGAAAACAACGAAGAUACAGGACAACCUUCUCCAACGUGCAACUAGAACAGCUAGAAGCAGCGUUCCACAAGACGCAUUAUCCGGACGUGUUCUUUAGAGAAGAGCUAGCAAUGAGAAUUGACCUUACCGAAGCCAGAGUUCAGGUAUGGUUUCAAAAUCGUCGUGCAAAAUGGCGAAAGCAACAGAAGGCUGGCUGUGAACCUUAUCCAUCACGGUCUACCAGAUCGCCCGAUCCUCGCUCACCUUCAGCUCUUGCGUUGGAGAUGAGAGACUUCAUCACUAUACCAGUUUCCUCAUCCCAGAUCAUCAGUUUAGCCGACACUUCAAACCAAAGUGGAUACGCACCAAAGUCAAAACAACCUGGUCCAGCCAUACACAUAUCGGCUUUACCAACUAGACAAAAUCCGCAAGUCGAUCUCCCUUCCUUUUCGAUACCACUACAAUACAAUUUAGGGUCCUUCAAGAAAUUAGGGGAAGAUGCACAGUUAGAUAUAGAAGCUUCCACAUCAGAAAAUGUUCCGCAGCACCAUUGGGAUGCGAGAAUGAUGCCAAACUUUAAUCUAAUGAACAUAAAACCGCUAUUAGACAAUCGGGAAUGUUUAGAUAUGUCUGAAGUUAAAUAUGAAGUUAAGAAUGAAAACAGGCCGUAUAGUGAAAUGCCUAGUUCCCUUCAAGCAUCUAUAGAACCAGAAGAUAUUUUAGGCAAAGAGGCUGUAAGCGAAGGACAAACUAUUUCCCCAGAUUUUGAGAUAGAACGAUAUCAAAAUUAUCAUAACGAAAAUGACAAGAGGUACAGAGACUCCAGUUUCGAUGAAUCCAUGAUAGAAGAUGGACGGAACGAUUUCGUAUGCGACAACGAUUUCCUUUGUAAGAACAAUUUUGAAAAAAUGGACGAUAAACGUAAUGACUUUGAAGAAUGCCAUUUGUUGGACACAGAUAAUAGCGUAGCUGUGAAUAUUAGUAAUUUUGAUAAUAAUCUUUAAUCAUAAGAAAUUCUAAUAUCCAAUUGUACUUAAUAUUUGAAAUAUGUAACCGAAGUUAUCCUCGAGGCAAGCGCGAUAUGUGUAUUUGUCUUAUCAAUGGUGAAAUAAAAGCGCAAACUUGUCAUAAAACACUCAAUCUUUAGAUUCAUGACUGGUCUCAGUUAAACUCCAAAUAAACCGCAAUACUAAUAAAUGCGGCAACUUUGAACUUAACCAAUCAACUGCUCACAAAGCCAAAUAUUACAGCUUAAUAAUGAAAGAAGAAAGAUUUUUUUGGUUGUUUGUACCCAAUAGGCUCCAAAAGUUCUGGACAGAUUUAAGCCAUUUCUUUGCAAAAAGAAAGCUAAACUAUCAAGAAGUAACAUAGG